AUCUGCAGAGUUCCAGCUUUUCUGCAGGGAGCCAUAUCUGUUCUUGUAGGCAUAUCAGAACUCCUCCUCUAGCACUGUGGUGCCUGGAGCUGGGGGACAGAGUGAGGACAGUCAUCAGUUUGUCUUGCAAGAGCCAAACACACCGGGUCUCUCCAUCUCCUUCUGCCAGACCUUCAGAUAUCUGGCCUGGAAAAAGAAUGUGGUAACUUCAGUGGGGUCUUGCAGGCAGGGAGUAAAGAGAGAUGCCAGCUUUGGAGAUGGGGAGGCAGAGUGAUUGUGGCACUGUCCUUGGGUUAUUCCUUGCUGCUGCUCUUGUUGUGGCUGUCCAGAGCACCUGCGACGCUCCGCCACGGCUGACAUCUGCCGAGCUCAAGCCGCAGUACCAGGCCACGGCCACCUUCCCUUCCGAGUCCGUGGUGGGAUACGUCUGUCGGCCGGGUUACACCAGGAACGUUCAAGCCCGGAACACGCUGCUUUGCGGGUCAGACGGCACGUGGCACGGCUCCAGGGACAUCUGCACGCCAAAGCUGUGUACCUACCCUGGAGAGCCAGCCAAUGGCAGACUCAUCCUAACAGAAAACUUCAGUUUUGGUUCAGCAGUGAACUUCACCUGCAACACUGGGUACAGGCUGAUUGGAAAUUCCCAGAUUCGAUGUGUGAUUCAGGGUGGGGGUGUUACAUGGGACAGAGAUAUUCCCUUCUGUGAGCCAAUACCGUGUGCACCCCCUCCAGAAAUAGCCAACGGUGAGCACAGUGGAGCUGGCAAAGAGCUCUUCCAUUACGGCGCAUCUGUCACUUACUGGUGCCACACUGACAAACGGGGAGAGAGACUCUUCUCGCUGGUGGGAGAUGCCUCUAUUUUCUGUACAACCACAGAUAACGUAAAUGGUGUCUGGAGCAAACCAGCCCCAGAGUGCAAAGUGGUCACCUGUGAGCCCCCGAGCCUGCAGAACGGGAAGCUGCUGAGCCGCUACCAGCUUCGGUACAACUACAGGGACACGGUCCUGUUGGACUGCGACUUCCGCCACAGCCUGAGCGGCAGCGACGUGUCGACCUGCGGCCAGGACGGGCGCUGGGCCCCGCCGCUGCCGCUCUGCCAGCGCAGUAGCUGUGAUGAUCCUCCAGAUGUACAGAAUGCUGUUAAAGCAAAACUUGCUGGCGACUUGUUUCCUGUGGACACUGUCGUUACCUACGAGUGCAGGGAGGGCCACAAGUUCAGCACGGGAGAAACCACGCAGCACGUUAAGUGUCUGCCAGAUUUUACAUGGAGUGAAACCCCCCAGCCUUGUGAGAGAAUUCGCUGCCCCAGUGCAGACAUCAGCAAUGUGAGGCUCUCGCAUGAAUGGGAAGCCAAAGAGAGUUACGUGUUCGGAGACAGGCUGGAAGUGACGUGUGAGGAUGGUUAUGCCUUCAGAGGCCACAGCAGCAGCCUCGUGCUGCAGUGUACGAGCGAUGGCAGCUGGGACCCGGCGGUUCCCGAGUGCUCUCCAGAACCUCAUUGCCCAAAGCCAGAUGCUGCUCAUGGAAGAGAGGUUUAUAAAUCCAGACAUGACUACAGAGCUGGGACCCGGCUGAGGCUGGCGUGUGAUCCAGGCUACAUCCUCAGGGGCCAGGAGGUGACUGAGUGUCAGGCCGAUGCCAGCUGGGCUCCCCCGCUGCCCUUUUGUGAUAAAGUCUGUGCUCCCCCUCCCCAAAUCCCCAACGGACAGCACUCUGGCUCGGGCCGGCAGCAGUUCCCCUACGGCGCAGAGGUGACCUACAGCUGUGCCGAGGGCCUGUCCCUCAUCGGGGAGCGCUCCCUGCACUGCACCUCCGACGACGGGCUGAACCUGACGUGGAGCGGACCUGCCCCGGAGUGCAGGGUGGUUCGCUGCCCCAAGCCCACGGUGGAGAGGGGCAGGAUGACUGUGCAGAGGUUCACGUUUCCCUACGGGGCGACUGUGCAGUUCUCCUGUGACGAAGGCUUCGUGCUGCAUGGCGCUGCCGAGAGCCGGUGCCUAGCUGACGGCGCCUGGCACCCUGCCCUGCCCUCCUGCCAGCCAGUUCGGUGUCCCAAACCCUCUGGACAGGAUGACUUGGGGAUUUACUCUCCUAAGCUGUGGUACGAGGUGAAUGAAACUCUGUCCUUCUACUGCAAACGCGAUGGCCGGCGAGGAGUUAGUUCAGAAAGUACCUGCUCAGCUAAAGGCAGUUGGAUACCAGCACCCACGUGUAAAAAGCGUGAUACAUGUGAGAAGAUUCUUCGAAACAGGGAAACUUUCCAGUGUGGAAUUCCUCUGGCAGAACUGAAAACUCUGCUGGAAAUCCAGAAACUGCACCUGGAGAUCCAGAAGCUUGAAAAGGAGCUGAGACCCACAGCAUAUGGCUGACUGUCACCACUGGUGUCAUGGGACCCGUGCUCUUUGUGUGGUAGAAUUGUGCUGCCUGAGGAUCUUUUAUGCAUUCAUAAUUCAUUCUAAUAGUUACGUAGCCAGAACCAAAUCUAUCAAUCAGCCAAGGAACAGAUUUGGCCAUGUGGGGAGUCAGAAACUGACAACUUCUGUCUCUCUCUGAGCUCCCUGGGUUAGGUUUCUACAUCACUUCAUACACUUUAGAGCUUUGUAUUUAGAUGUUGCACUGACAUGUGAGCGGGUGGAAGGGAACUGAGGGGACAGGGAGUGUUUGCCAGCACCAAGCAGAGACUGUGGACAGACACAUGUGUGGUAGGAGCCCCCAGCCCACACUCACCCACAGCUGCUGCAGCCCAUUGCCACUCUGCUCACGUGCUGUUGUGAGCCAGCACUUUGCCUAAUUGUGCCCUUCAGAGUGGGUACAAUGAAGAAAACUUCAAAGCCUGUUUUCUAGCAAAACAAGCCAGAUUUUCUUCUCAAGUGGGGCAGGUGUGUCUGAGGCCACAGCAGUGCCACUCGCUGCAUCUUUGUGGAAAUAAGACCGUAGAGGAGGAAGCAGCUGGAUUGUUUCUGCGAGGCCCAGCAGCAGGGAAGCGUGUGGGCAGGGAGCAUCCAGGACCAGAGCGGUGUCCCUGUACCAUGGGACUGUAAUAAAGCUGCAAUUGCAAUGACA